ACCCCUUCUUGCCUGACUUCUGCGUGAAGGUUUUGCCCUCUAUGAGUCUAUUCCACAAAUCCUUCUCCCAGAGACAAUCAGCCGUUCAACUCCAACUGGUCCGCCGUCUUCCGCGCCUUCCUCAGCCCGCAGAGCCGCAGUCCCACAGUUUACAGAAGACAGCCGCAGUGUUCAUCUCCAGUCAGGCACACCGCACACCGCAGCUUUAGUGGUCUUCUCCAGCCGGCCGACUCUUCUUUUAUCUUCACCGCCUCAAGCCUUCAAGCUUCAAGUAAUUGUGAAUUGCAACCUUGCAGGUGCAUUCCACAUAAUUUCAGAAAUGCAGGAAAAAUUGGUGGUGACAACUCUGAGAAAGUUGUUUAAGAGUGAUCCCGGUCUUGUUUCCUAAGUUUGAGUCCUAACGUCAUGAAAAAGGCGAUUUCAUUGGCUUCCAUCACCACAAAGUUUUUGAAAAUCAAAUUUCUUUUCUUCAGUGGUCCACGAUUCCAGUGUUCAUUUUCUACUGAGAAUUGUCUUUAUCAUGUUGAAAAUAUCAAACACUCUGGAGUCUGGACUCAUAGAGUUACUUCAAGAACCGUUAACAUGGGUUCAAAUUCAUUCCCUUAGUGUAACCAAGUCUCUUCAUGCACUCAUCAUCAAAAUUGGUUUUACCCUGGAACAAGUCAUUUUCCCUCUCAACAAUGUCUUAUCCAAAUAUGUCCUUUAUGGUGACGUGAAUGGAGCUCGAGGUUUGUUUGAUGAAAUGACACAUAAAAAUGCUGUGUCUUACAAUACUAUGAUUACUGCGUAUAGUCAAUAUGGGAAUGUAAGUGAAGCUUGGAAGCUGUUUUCUGAGAUAAGGAGGUGUGGAUUUGAUCCCACUCAAUUUACUUUUGGGGGGCUGUUGUCGUGCAAGUUCUUGAAUUAUCAUCAAGUGGCACAAUUGCAUGCACUGAUUGAAAAGACACCAUUGUUUCAUACUAAUGCUUUUGUAGGGACCUCAUUACUGACUACACUUGGAAAAUGCGGGUGUAUACAUGAGGCCUGGCAGAUUUUUAAGAGCAUGCCUCGAAAGAAUUUGGUUACAUGGAAUUCAAUGAUUGUGUUGUUCGGACAACAUGGAUAUGUUGAAAAUUCGAUGAAAAUGUUCAUUGAGAUACUUAGAGAUGGAAGGGGUUUGUCGGAGGCCACGUUUGUUGGCCUUCUGUCUUGUUUUGUGGAGUUAUCUGAUGUGGAAUUAGGAGAACAGGUGCAUGCAGUUGCACUGAAAUAUGGAUUGGACAUUGCAAUUUCAGUUAAGAAUUCUCUAGUCAACAUGUACGCAAAAUGUUUUUGCGCACAAACUUCGAAUAAAAUGUUUGAGGAAGUGCCAGUGAAGGAUACUAUUUCGUGGAACAUAAUAAUUGGAGCAAUGGCAAACAGUGAUUCACCAGACAAAGCAUUGAGUGCUUUCGUGGAAAUGUAUGCGAAUGGGUUCUCCCCAAAUGAAAUCACUUUCAUUAAUGUCCUUAAUUCAUGCACUAGGCUAAAGAGUAUAUCUGAUGGAGAAGCUUUGCAUGCACAGCUUUUCAAGAAAAGGCUUGAAAUUGAUGUAAGGGUUGGCAGUGCUGUAUUAAGCUUCUACGUAAAAUGCGACAAAUUGGAAGAUGCACAUCGUUGUUUCAAUGACAUAUGCGAAAAGAGUAUAGUUUCUUGGAACACGUUGAUUCUAGGAUAUUCAAAUAGAGGAUCUCCUGAUUCCUUUUUGCUUAUGCGGGAAAUGAUACGCCGAGGUUGUUAUCCAAAUGAUUUUUCUUUUUCUAUUGUCAUGAAGUCAUCACGCAUAGCAGAAUUAGUGCAGCUUCAUUCGUUGAUGAUAAAAACUGGUUACCUUGAGUAUUCUUAUGUAUUAAGCUCUCUUAUGUGUGGAUAUGCCAAAAAUGGCUUACUAUCAGAUGCACUGAACUCAAAAGCUUUUAAUGGCACACCAUUUGAUGUUGUCUCAACUAAUGUGAUGGCUGGAAUAUAUAACAGAUCCCGUCAGUAUGAUAAGACUAUGGAGUUGUUUUCCGCACUUGAGGAUCCUCCUGACAUGAUAUCUUGGAAUAUUUUGAUUGCUGCUUGUUCCAGAAUUGGGUAUCACAAAGAGGUUUUUGACCUAUUUCGACACAUGCAGAAAACUGGUGUCAUUCCCGACAAUUACACAUAUGUUAGCCUAUUCAGUAGUUGCACUGCACUAUGCAACUUGGGGUUGGGCAGCUCUCUUCAUAGCCUACUUAUUAGGAACGAUUCUAAUUCGUGCGACACAUUUGUCUGCAAUGUCAUGAUCAACAUGUAUGCAAAAUGUGGGAGCCUUGAUAGUUCAAUAAAGAUAUUUAAUGGUAUCACCAAAAGUAAUGUCAUUUCAUGGACUGCUAUUAUUUCAUCACUUGGCCUACACGGAUAUGCUUAUCAAGCAAUAGAGAAAUUUGAUGAGAUGAUAAUGAAUGGUAUUAAGCCUGAUGCGGUGGCCUUCAUGGCUGUUCUUUCAGCUUGCAGGCAUGCUGGGUUGGUUGAACAAGGGAUGUCAUUGUUUAAGGAAAUGAAUUCCAAGUAUGGGGUUGAGCCAGAAAUGGAUCACUAUGUAAUUGCUGUUGAUUUGUUAGCAAGAUGUGGUCGUCUUGUAGAAGCGGAGGAGCUAAUUGAUAAGAUGCCUUUCCCUCCUAAUGCUUUGAUAUGGCGCACUUUCCUUGAUGGCUGCAAGAGGAAAAGAGCCAUACUAAGCUCUUAAAUCUAUUCAAUUCACAUUUUGGUAUCUGUGAAACUCCGUAAAGAGUUUACCAUGUCACCCCCCAACCGAAACAUCUUGAUCUCUUACUCUGAAGGUCUGAACAUGAUGCUCUUGGUACUUCAGUAAAAGCUGUUGUUGUUUAUCAUUUAACAUGAAGUGAAGGAAUCGUUGAAAGCUGUGGUCGGCUUUAUAGAUGUUGCGGGACUAUUUUUCAUUGAUGCACUUGACUCACAAGAAUAUUUCUCAGAAUCACAAGUUCCAAGCUGCUAGACAUAGUAAGUGAUAGUGUGGUCUUGUGAACUCGCAUGAGGCAGACCGGCCAACCCAUCUGAAAGCCCAACUACAAGCUUUUUACUGCACCAACUUUUAAAUAUACGCUAUUGGAGGGCGGCUGCUGGCACCAACCUGGCACUGUCCACACUGAGGAGUUAGAUACUAUGGAAAGGCAUGAUAUGCGAAAAGGAGCUUAUCAUGGGGCUUAAAAGAAAAAAUGUGCAAUCAGAUAUCUUAACCUGGUAAAGGAGCUUUAUAUGAGUUAGUGACAGGAGGAAAGUUAAAACCAUAUGGCCUGAUGACAGUAAUUUUUGACGCUCUUAUCUUCUCAUUAUUCUGCUCUGGUCUACUCUUCUCCUCCAAGAGCACUCGCUCCUGGAGGCAGAGUCUGAAUCAAUAAUCCUGGAGCAUCGACGAGCUGGAGUGGUGAAUGAAUUAUACACACCGCGAAUGGAGAAAAGCCUGGACAAUAUCGAACGCAACCUGGGGGAGAUGAGAACUAUGCUCGUCGAGACGCGGGAAGGAACGAGAGGAGCAACCUGGGGGAGCUCCUCUCGUGUGCAUCAGUGCAGAAAAUUAUAACCCAUUAAACACCAUGUCUGGCUACAAAAAAUUUCAAAAUUACAUAUCCAAAUGUGUGCUGCACUAGACAAGAAAAGCUAUCCAGGAUUUGAACACCAGCCACAAAAAUUAGGUCCAUACAAAUAGAUAAAAACUUGAUCAUAUAUUGUCUUCACAUUCCAUUUUCCAUGGCACUGGUGGUAGAGCUUAUGUGUGCUAAUAAUGAAGAUGAGUCACUCAUAUUGAAGGGUAAAUCAGCCACAUUUACAGGACGAGUCAUAGUCUACAAAAAACCAAAUGUAAAUAAAGAUUUAAAUUAUUCUUUCAUUAUUUGAACACAAAUAAUUUGAAUACAUGUUGAAUCAUACAUACAUUAAUGUAUUGGCUUCCAUCUGUAGGGUUAUAGUAGAUGUGGUAUCAACUUGGAAUCAAAGUUAUUACACUAGUAGAUUCACUCAACAUGUAAUUUCAUGAAACAAUUGAUGUAUGUUUCUCACAGUUUGUUUCCCUCUGCCACCAUGAUUUCCUUUUCCCCUUCUUAACCCGCUUCCACCCCUACCCCGAUUGGAAGGUUGGGCUACAACAGACUGAUCAUUUGAACGCAAAUCUUGGUCAUUGGUACAUGAUUUCUUAGGCCUGCCUCUUUGCUUCUUAGGAAGUGGCUGCGGCAGCUCAGCAGAUUUAGAAUUACAAUUUCUUUUUGUAUGUCCACUAGACUGACAAAUACUACAAUGCAUCUCCCUUCCAUGUCUUGACAACUUCCCAGGUUUUUUAAGAUCCUCAUAAGGAUCCUUUCUUCUUUUCUUUUGUGGUCUUCCAGUACUUUGAUAGGAGGGGGUUCCCAUUUCAGAUCUGAUGUUGGCCAACAUCUUUCACCCUCUAGUGGAGCUAUCUUCCCAGCGUAACUCCUGAAGUAAGCUUCUCUCUUGUAGCAACAAUGCACAAAAUCUUCAGCCUUUCUUCCCAUAAAAAAUAUACAAGAGAUUGCAUGACAACCAGGGAUAACGGUUAGAUCCCACUUCCUGCACGUGCAUGUUUGCUUUUCCACAUCUACCACUACCUCAUCAAGGAUAUACCUUACUUGAAACUUUGUUUCCGAAGAAGGGAUAACAGAACAAUGUAUGCUAUUAUCUUUUGCCCUUUACAACUUAGCAGCUAUCCUCAGGCAUGUGUCAUUUUCAUUAGAUUCCAACCACUGUCUUUUCACAACGAGUCUUUCCAUUAAAGCGCAUCUUAAUUAUAUCUUCUAGCAUGUAGAUUAAAUGCUUAGACCUUGCUUCAAUGAUGUAACCAUUGAAAGUUUCUGCCAUAUUGUUCACAAUUACAUCACAUUUAGUGUGUGUGUGUUUAGAAAAGCCCGGCAAAAAGCAGUGGGAUUUUGUGCUACAAAAGCAUCAGCUGCUGCACUUGACACAAUCUUUAUCUUGUUGAAAGUUUCUGUGAAAUCUCUCUCAUUAUAAGCUCGUACACUUUCCCAAAAAUACCCUUUCAACUCAUCACCCUUAAAUUUGGAGUGCCAAUUUUUGAAAAUAUGCCUCGCACAAUUUCUAUGUUCAGCAGAUGGUAGAACUUUUGCUACUGCAUUUACC